GCAAGGACUCUGGCCGUCGUUCUGGCUGCAUUUGCCCAUGAGCAGCGCCAACGUCGAGGCGCAGCCGCUGCUUCCCGAGCGGACGUCGCUUCGCCAGCAGCGCGCCAUCAACUUAGGGUCCAUCUUCGUGCCUGUCUGCCUUGGCAUCAGCCUCAUCUGCGUCGGGCAGCUCGUGCUGAGCGUCGUGCACAACUCGCUCGGCAGCACAGAGACGUUCACCGAGCCCGCGCACUUCUUGUCGCCGCGGCCAUCCACGGCCAACUGCUCGCUGCAUUGGUUUGAUCAGCGCGUGGACCACUUUAGUACGCUCAACACCACUUAUGCGCAGCGCUACUACGUGCACGAUGCGUUCUGGAAGCGCAAGGCCGACGGCCAUACUGCGGACGGUCCGAUCCUUUUCUACUGUGGCAACGAGGGCGACGUGACGCUGUAUGUCAACAACACGGGCUUGAUGUGGGAAAACGCCGAAGCGCUCGGCGCAGCCUUGAUCUUUGCCGAGCACCGCUACUUUGGCGAGAGUCGCCCGUUUGGCGCGCACCAGACGCAGCACUUGGCCUACUUGACGCACGAACAGGCGCUGGCCGACUACGCUGUGCUGCUGCGGACGUUCCAGACCACGCGCAACACGUCGUCGCCCGUCAUCGCGAUCGGCGGCAGCUACGGCGGCAUGCUCGCGUCGUGGUUCCGCAUGAAGUACCCUGGCACCAUCGCCGGUGCCAUUGCAGCGUCGGCGCCGAUCCUUGGCUUCCCCGAAGGCUACCCCGAGCACUUUACGGGCGAAAAGUACUGGCAAGUCGUGACACACGAUGCAACGCCGGCGGCCGGCGCCGCGCCGACGUGCGAAGCCAACGUCCGGGCGUCGUGGCCUCUUUUGUUUGCCACGGCGCAGACAGAGACCGGUCGUCGCCAGCUGGGCGAGAUCUUUCAGCUGUGCCGGCCGCUUCGGACAGCGGCGGACGCCGAGACGCUGGCCACGGGGCUCCUCAUGGCGUGGGACACGAUGGCGAUGGGCAAUUUCCCAUUCCCAUCGAGCUACCUCACGGGCGGCGCCGCCGACCUCCCGGCGUACCCCGUCCGCGCCGCGUGCGACCUCAUGGCGGCCUCGACAAAUGCCUCGACCCUCUUGCCGGCGAUGCGGAACGCGGCCAACCUCUAUCUGAACGCCACCAAAGACGUGCCUUGCUUUGCGUGGGAUACCCUGGACUUUGACGGGCUCUGGGGCUACGUGUGGUGCUCGCAGAUGCUGCCGCAAGAGUCGUACUUUGACACGGACGGCAUCCACGACAUGUUCUGGGACCGGUCGCUCUCGUUCGAUCAAGUCGCGGCCGACUGCAAGGCGCGCUGGGGCGUGUCGCCGGACCCCGACUGGAUCCGCACCUCGUAUGGCGACCUGAAGACGAUGCUCCAAGCGACCAGCAACAUUGUGUUUUCGAACGGCGGCUACGACCCGUGGCGCGCCGGCGGCGUCCUCUCCAACCCGUGGAACCCACGCAUUGCAAUUGUCGAUAUCCCGGAAGGCGCACACCACCUGGAUCUCUUCUUCAGCCACAAGGACGACCCGGUCUCGGUGCGCCACGCCCGCCACAUUGAGCUCGACCAUAUCCGCCAAUGGAUCCGGGACUUUAACGCGUAGCUUCCGUAGCAAUAUGCAUGCGAUGAGUAGUAUCAUGAG